AUGCUUCACACACGAACCAUAAAUGGCGUGGAACUAUCCUUCGAGGACCGGGGCAUGGUCACAUCUGACCCAACAAUAGUCUGUUUGCCAGGCUUGGGUCAGGACUACCGUGGCUACCAAUACAUUCUCCCCUUCUUGGUGGGCAAGUACCGCGUCAUCAGAAUUUCAUGGAGGGAUCGCGGUGCCAACAGCGAAUCUACGGACAAAUGGAGCGUGGAGGACCAAGCAAACGAUACGAUCGCACUCCUGGACUCCCUGCAGGUCCAGACAUUCAUACCCAUCUCUCAUUUCCAAGGAGGCUGGUGCGCUAUGGAGAUGGCUGUGCGUCUAGGAAAGCAAAGAGUCCCGGCUGUGCUGCUGACCGAUUUUAACCUCACUCGGCCUCCUGCGGAAUUCAUCAAGCACCUACAGUUGAUACAAAACAAGGAGACUUGGCACCAGGGUCAGGCGCCCCUCAUCAAGAAAUGGCUCAACAACACCUCCAACAAGAACGUCCUCGAUCAUUGUGAAAAUGAUCUAGACACCAACGGUUUUGAGAACUGGUCGUAUUUCUGCUGGCUGGUGGAAAAGAAUUAUCAGCGCUGGGGCUCACCGAUGGAGCGGCUUGGGAUCAUUGAAGACCCUCCCUUAGUGCGGCAUGUCUUUAGCCAUCCGAGGGAGGAGGCUUAUCUUGCAGAGCAUGAAGAAUUUGCGCGGAGACACCCCGAUUGGUUCAGCUUCGCCAGGCUCACCGGAGAAUCUCACUUCUCUAUUGUCGAGCUACCAGAAGCUGUGAGUCUACAAUUAUCAUAUCUUGUCAGGCAGGUGAACAGCAAGUAG